CUAAGCUUUUACUACAAUCAUUAGUAAAUACCAUAAUUUUACACUUUUAGUAAAGUUUGAAUACGUUCAAAGGAGGAGCCAUUCGUGGUUUUUUUUUCAGAUUCAGAUAAAUAUAUUAAAGUAAGUGCUUUGAUAAGAAAAAACUUACACAAUGUCGGAGCGAAAAGUAUUAAACAAAUACUAUCCCCCGGAUUUCGAUCCGUCAAAGAUUCCACGAGCAAAAUUGCCAAAAAAUCGCCAAUACACAGUACGUCUGAUGGCUCCAUUCAAUAUGAGAUGCAGUACUUGUGGAGAGUACAUCUACAAAGGUAAAAAGUUCAAUGCCAGAAAGGAGGAUGUAGAAGGGCAGAGUUAUCUUGGUAUCAGGAUAUACCGAUUCUACAUAAAAUGCACCAGAUGUUUACAAGAAAUAUCAUUUAAAACUGACCCACAAAACACAGACUACGAGAUUGAAGCAGGUGCAACAAGGAACUUCAUGGCACUAAAGCUAGCUGAGGAACAAGCUAAAAGGGAAGAAGAUGAAGAGAAAGAGGAAGAAGCCACAAAUCCUAUGAAAUUACUUGAAAAAAGAACACAGCAGUCAAAACAAGAGCUGGAACUGCUGGAGUCGUUGGAAGAGUUGAAAGAUUUAAAUAGAAGACAACAAACAAUAGAUUAUGACCAAAUGUUACAAAAGUAUGAUACAACAGCAGCUAGACUAAGGACAGAAAAAGAACAAGAAGAAUUGGAUGAAUUAGAAGUUCAGGAGAUUUUCAAAAAGAAGAGGAAAUUAGUGGGAAAAGUUGUAGAGGAAGAAACUAUAGAAAUAGAAGAAAGCGAAGACAUUGAACUGGUACCAAAAGUGAAAAGGAUAACAGCGCCACCCACAAAAACAUCCUCAACAAGUUUAGCUAACAAAAAAAAAGGCUUUGGCAUAGUCAUCAAGCCAUCAAGUAAAUCUAUUUCUAGUAGUACAUCUAAUGUAAUUAUUAAGACACAAAGUAGCAGUACAAACGAGUCGAAUAAUAUGAAUAACCAAUCUAGCAAUAAUGUACAAAAUGAGUCAAACAACAAAGCCAGUGAUAAGCCGAACAGCCUCUCGCUACUGGGUUCAUAUUCUGGUAGUGAAGAGGAUAGUAAUUAAUAAAUGACGAACAAUGCUAAUAACGGAUAAUCAUGGUUUUAUUUAUAAAAAUUGUAAUACAGAAUAAAUUUACCUAAUAGAUAUAU